AUGGGCAUUGGGCAAUCCCCGGUCCUGGCGCGCAGUCGGCCACUCGAAUUCAUUGCGAGCGGUGGGUGUCUGGAGAAUAGGCCGGCAUCACAGGACCUUGACUAUUUCUUACAUCCCACGGCUUUUGGUCAGCGACUUGAGACUGUCAGGCAGGAGCUAUCACGAAUCAUCACAGCAACAGCGCGUAGACUACGAUACGUACCAGAUUGGGCCAACGACAACGUCAGGUAUUUCUUGGCCCUACUAAAUGAUCCAUCCGACCUUUUUGAGCGAUCGAAGCUACAGAACGUUGUUCUUUAUAGAGAUCACCACCUGAUCAUCUACGCAGUUCUUUGGGAAUGGGUCCUCAUUCGCAAGCUGAAGCGUCUUCAGAUGGAAGGUCAACCGCAAAGAAGAGAGGACUGGAACGACUGUGUUUCAAUUUGCAAGCGUCUGAAUAGGCAGCGACCCGGCAUUCUACAGCUGUCAAUGCUAAGACAAUUUGACCAUACUGGCCGAGAACCACCGGUCUUGGAGACAACGAUCGAGUCUCUGGGGAGGUUGCUGCAACACUUCAUGGGGUCGAAUCCAUUCCAAACGGCCUCGUCUUUGUUACCUCAAUCAGACCCGUCUGGCAAUGUUAACGAUAAGUCUGAAGAAGAGGACGACGACGACGACGACGACGAGGAAGAAGAAGAAGGAGAGACGCAGACGGCAGGGAACGACGGUGGGGAAGGGAACGAAGACGAGGAUGAAGAUAUAGUUCAUGAUCAGCGACUCCAGUCAACGAUCAGUGCAAUGCAUCGCUUACUUCUCAACGGUCACUCUGCACCACAAGUGCCAGGUACAACCGUACAGAUGCUUGUGAGCAGAGGUGUGGCUCAGUCAGAUGCUAUAAGUCUGGUCAGGCGCGCUGUGCAGAGAAUGUAG